AUGUCGACCGAGAUGGACGUAGACACGGCUCCUGCAGCCGAGUUCAAGAACGGCACCCCCUCCCCAACCGGCACCAAAAAGUCCUCCUCUGCCAACGCAGGCACCGAGGCGCGCACGGCUCAGAACGCCGUCGCGGUCCGCAGUAUCGAAGGCUGGAUCGUGAUCGCCACGAACAUCCAUGAGGAAGCCACUGAGGAGGACAUCCACGAUCUCUUCGCCGAGUAUGGAGACAUUAAGAACUUGCAUUUGAAUCUGGACCGGAGGACUGGGUAUGUCAAGGGCUACGUUCUAAUCGAAUACCCUACCCAAGUCGAGGCGCAGGCCGCCAUCAAGGCCCUGGACGGCGCAAAACUGCUCGACCAGACUAUCUCAGUCGACUACGCCUUCGUCCGUCCGCCACCCAAGGAUAAAGGCAGCCGUGCCAGUGGCGUCGCAACAAAGGGCCGUGGUGCCGGCGGCGGCAGAGGUGGAAGGAGUCGAAGCCGAAGCAAGUCCAGGAGCAAGAGCAGGAGCCGGAGUCGCGACAGGGACAGGCGGAGGGAUCGCGAUGAGGACAAGAUGGACAGGGACUGA